ACCAGCUUCGAUCAGUAUAGCAAUUACGUAGCAUACGCAAUCUGGAUAAGGUUUCGAUGUCGAGAGCUGAAAAGACAAGGAAGAAGUAUCAAAGAGAAAUUCCCAGCUCAACGGAUCCAUACGCCCACGUCGACGUGAGAGAAGGAAGUGUUGAGAUUGCUUGAUGGAGGGUCACUUUCAUCAACACCAGCACUGGCAGGACUCUGGAGCGCUCAUCUUGGGCGAUCAAGGGGAGCUUGGAUUAGAAUCCAUAAGAGGAUUGGGUGUUUCUAAUUGCUGAGCCUUCCCAACUCUCAGUGUCGCGCACGCACUCGGUGGUUCCAUUUCUUUUUGAGUCAAACGCAAAGACAUUCCCAUGUCGGGCGCUCUUAGGCCCGCGGUGGCUGCGGCCCGAGCAAGUCUGCUCCAGCACCUGCGGGUUGGUGUUACGCCGGCACUGCACACAGCAGGGGGUUUACCUGGCCAGAGCGUCUUUGAUGGACUCUGUUCUAUUCUGGCGCCCCGGUACUUUGCAGACGCAGCGAAAGGGACGUACUUGGACAAAGGCCAGGUGACGGAUAGAGUGCUCUCCGUGGUUAAGAACUUCCAAAAGGUGGAGCCGAGCAAGGUCACGCCCACGGCUCACUUUACCAAAGAUCUGGGACUAGACAGCCUGGACACGGUUGAGGUGGUUAUGGCUUUUGAAGAGGAGUUUGGUAUUGAGAUCCCCGAUAGUGAAGCUGAUAAGAUCCUCUCAACGGCUGAUGCUAUCGAGUUCGUGGCUUCCCACCCACAAGCAAAGUGAGGUCCUCAGAUCUAUCGGGUGCUGUUUCAGACCAGAUGCUGCAGAAUCAGCAGCUUCCUGUACACAAGAUUCAAAACAUAGUGAGCAACGCUCAGGGUAUUCAAGCUUGCCCUCGGUUGCUCAGCAGAAGCAUUUGCAAUUACUCAUAGAGUCUCUUGCAUCCUACGGUCAAGAAACGUUGUAGUUGGUUUCCCCGGAUAAAAGGCUCUACAUGAGCAUCGCAGUCAAGCAUGUUUGCAGUCACUGUGUUGGAUCAGGAUGUUGAGAAUGUCGCAUACAAUAUGUACAAGAAGGGC